AUGUCUGAGUACAGGGCAGGAAGGUUUGUUGCUCUCCGUGAAUUGUCCAUUACGCAGGCCAAGAAGGAGAUUGUGUUAUUCAACGGCAAAGAUCGAUCACCAGAGGAUAUGAAGAAUGACCUCUUGCUAAACAGCUCCCAAGAAAUUCAAACACGAAUUCUCUUCUCACUCCAGGAAGUUCUUGCUGCAAUCAUGCCCCAAGUACGGGAAGAGAUGUGCCAAUUUUCUCAGGGCAAAAUUUAUCCUGAUGUGGCGCCUGCACUGUUUGCUGACACAAUCUCUUUGCACAUAUGCAAAGUUUUCUUCGACCAGUGGUACACUGCUUUUCUAGGUGCUGGUGGCAUAAUUGAAUUAUGGAUUGAUGUAGCUGUAGUCGGCUGCUUCAAAGGGCCGACCGUACUGGACAAGACUGAACUUUAUCUCAACGAAUGGAGGAAUGAUCUAGAAUCUUUCGAGAAAUUCUACGACGACAAAGUCGAAGAGAUCUUAAAUACACCUGUUGGCAUCGUGCGACAAUAUCUGCUACUUCAAUUGGAGCCAGUACGCGAGCAACUAGUAACGCACAAACGCAAGUUAGUAGCCGCAGAGUUGCGCAGAUCUAUGGCCAAACAAGCUGCGAAGGAUAAGGCAUGGCCAGAGAGCGUAUUGGAGGAGAAGGAAACGAAGCUUUUCAAUGCCGUAGUAGCUAGUCAGACACAGUAG